AUGUGGUCUACAAACUCUGAAAGUUUCAUGCGAUUUAGAGAAAGUCGAUGUAAACGUGGUAGAGAUACCGUGGAUUUACCCUACUGUAAUCAGGCUGAUAUUAUUGAAAUAUCAGAUUCAUUAGAUGAUGAUUUUUCCUUACAAGUGAAUCCAUUAACUGUGAAAGAAAGUGUUACUGUUACACCAAAAACGACCACAGCUGCAACAUCUACCAGUUCAUCAUCAUCAACAACAACAACAACAACAAAUAAACGUUAUUGUUCAAAAUUUUAA